GAGUGGCUACGACGCAUCCGUAAUUAAAAAUUUUAUAAAUUUUUAAUAAUUGAAAAUAAUGGAUGCUAUUGACUGAAUAUUAUAAAAAUAGUAUCGUUAAAAUUCUUUUGCACAGUCAAGUAUUUAUUUGAAAGAUGGAAUGACUCAACCUUUGUAAGCUUAUACGAGAUCGUAUCUCUGUCUUCUGUUAAGAUGUAAAAGAAACUUAUUUUCGUAUGCUAUGACACGCAUUAUAGAGUUAGGUCCUCUGUCCCAAUGUCCAUAGUCAUAUUUAAGAGUAAUAUCGUUUUAAUUUGAGUGCAGAGUACAUUCGUAUAUGACGCCAGAAUUAGACCCCCUACCGCUGCCAUACAAUUUGAAUGAGGCCAAUCACCCAGACACCGUCUCUGAAUGGAACAUAAUCAGGAUGAGUCAUGUCAUAAUGGAAUAAAUUGUCCAGCUUUGUGCUUUUUUAUAUUGUAUUGCGUGCUUGUUUAAUAAAGAUCACGAAUAAUCUUCUUCGAGCCAUUGAUUAACAAAGGGACGCGAAUGGAACUAGUCAAAUAAAUAGUGUUAAAGAUGAGGCGAUAAAUAAUGCUCAUCAAAGUAUUAAAAUGAGAUGAAAAUGAGUCAUUGCGAAAAUUGUGAAACUAUAGAUUCAUUUUCCUGAAUCACGAAUGGAAAGCCCCCAUUGAAAGAUAGUCAAGUACGUUUUAGUGUAAAUUGUUAGUCUAGGAUCGUUCUCCUCUUAAAAGGUAGAGGUACCCGUUCGGCCGUAGUUUUUCUUAGCUUUUAUCAUACUGCACGUGAGAUACAUCGGAAUGAACUUUUUCGUAGGUAAUAUCUGACCUAAAUUUAAAUACUGGCCAGGUGCAUAUAGAAUUCCCACGGUCAUUAAGUACAUACUUGGUAUAAAUACCUCUCGAGUGUCUGCAGUGUGUCAAAUUGAUAGUUUACUUGUAAUAGUCGUCGUCAAAAACUGCACAAUGUUCCUGUAUUUUUAUAUAUUCGCCACUGUGGCAAUACUUAAAGCGUCAGCGGCAGCGAUAAAUGAAGGUCCAAAAAUCGUGGGUGGUUCCAAAGCAGAGGAUGGACAAUACCCACACCAAGCUUCGCUUCGAUACAAAAAUCGUCAUUUUUGUGGAGGAUCGGUAUUGAAUAAAAGAUGGAUAUUGAGCGCUGCUCAUUGCUUAUCAAGUUUUAAUGACACGGCUAUAACAGUGGUGUUGGGCACAAACACCCUGGACAAAGGUGGCGACAUGUACCAGUCCGAAAAAGUAAUACCUCAUCCGAAAUACAGUUCAGCAUUGAUCAGAAACGAUAUCGGAUUGAUUAAAUUAGAUAAGGACAUUGUUUUCGGAGAUAAGGUAAAACCAAUCGGUUUACCAAACGAGAACUUCAGCAAGAUCGAUUACCCUGCUGUAUUAUCUGGUUGGGGGACCACCAGUUAUCCCGGUCAAACGCCAAACGAUCUGUAUCACAUCGAACUGAGUGUGAUCGAUCAAAAACAAUGUUUAAACGCCAGCUUUCGUAUCACCGACGACAAUAUCUGCACACUUAACAAGAGGGGUGAAGGCGCUUGUCACGGUGAUUCCGGUGGCCCUUUGGUUGCUGAUAACGAACAAAUUGGAGUGGUGUCCUGGGGAAUACCCUGUGCAAGAGGUCGUCCAGAUGUCUUCACUCGUGUCUAUAGUUACAUUGAUUGGAUAAAAGAGUAUACUGAAAAUGAAAAUUAAUUGGUCACUGUAUAAAU